GCACGUGACGCAGUUUCUCGGUAAAGCCAGCCUUCCUGUUUCUCCGCCGAAGAAAUGGACUGACUCGAGUCUACGUCGUUUUUUUCUUUCUUUGUUUCUUUUUACAUUAACAAUUGCCAAUCUCCAAAACCCAUGACCACGGCAGAGCGUUUUGUGUUGUGGGAUCCGGCUGAAAGCAGGUGAACCUGAAGUCUUCUGUGUUCUAGUUGUAAUGGAGUGAAACUAAGUACCAAAUUCCAAAAUGGAAAGCAGGCACCACACGGGGAAAUGGAAAAAGAUAUGUGCGCCAUGCAUUUUGUUUCUGCUGACUGUUUUAAGGCAGUGUGAUGCUACAGAAGGGCACAAGAACUUUAACAACACGGGGUCAUGUUUAGAGAACGAGUACCUGCAUGGUGAAUUCUGCUGUGAUAAAUGUCCACCAGGAUUUAAACUAACACAGAAGUGCCCAGGACCGGGCCUGAGGUCAGGGUGUGUGAAAUGCAGCCCCGAAUCAUAUCAAGACAACAUGAACCAUUUCCAAAACUGCUUCUCAUGCCGUACAUGCGACCCAGCGUCUAAUGAAAUUGAGCUAUCACGAUGCACACAUACGCAAGAUAGAAAAUGUGGCUGUAUGCAAGGAUUCUACCAAGAAGUAUUAGAUGAUAUUACAAUGUCAUGCGUACCCUGUCGAAAGUGUGGAACUGGUGAAAUGGAGAUCAGAUCAUGUAAUGGGCAGAUGAACACAGAGUGUGAAUGCAAAUAUAACCAUUAUCGUGUGGCUAAAAGAAUCUGUGCACAAUGCACAAACUGCAGUUCUAAGUGUAGUGACCUGUGCACACAUGGUGUCAAGACUACGCCCCCUAGCCAUCCUACAUCAGGUUAUCCUUUACAGACAAUCGUCGUUCUUGUGUGGGUGUGUCUGUGUUUGGUAAUUGGUUUGCCUUGCAUAGUUAGCUUGUAUAAAGGAGUUAAACACUGGAAGAAGCGGAAGCAAAAUCAGUACAGUCAGUCAUCCGAGUCACAUGACCCAGAGAAGCAAGAGAAAGAAACACAUAAAUGCGUACAAAGCAAAGAUGUUGUAAGCAGGCUGUUACCAGUUCAGCCAGACCCUGUGCUUCCUGAUUGCAUUCCCAGAGAGAUCAAAACUCAUGAGUUUGUUUACUUAGUGCUGGAAAUUGUCCCGGUCACUCGCUUUAAGGAGCUGGUGCGUCGUCUGAACGUCUCUGAGCAGGACAUUGGCAGGGCAGAGAGAGAUAACCGAGCGUUUGCUGAUGCCCAGUACCAGAUGCUGAUGGUUUGGGUUGACAGUGGCACUAGAGGAGGGAAAAGCAUCCUGCCACACUCACUAUUUCAGGAAUGUGUGGACAGACUGAAGGAUAUGAAUUUGACUGCUUGUGCAGAAAGCAUAGAGGACAAGUAUGCCUGAACUCUCACAUGUAGCACAUGCACAAAACCACAUACUUACCUUAUAAUUAUAUCAAGUAUGGAUACACUGUAAUUAAGAAAUUCUCAGAAAUUUCAGUCUAUUGUGUGCAAACUAUUAUAGCAGUGAUGCACAGACUCUUGUAGUCUUUUUAAAUAGCAUUAUGGUUGUACUGCAGAGUUGCUAAGGUGAGAUAAUGUUAAUGUUUUAAUGUGGAUGCUGUAAACCUCUUAUGGGCUGCUCAGUUUAGCAAAAUAUUUGUUUAUGACAGUGUAAUCAAUAGUGCAUUACAAAUUGGACAUAUUUAAAAGAAACAGAAACCAUUCCCUAUUUUAAUUCAUUUUAAUAUUCUUAUCUGAGCAACUCUGCAGAGUACAGAACCACACUAAAUGUAUAUGGGCAUUUUGCAUAUAUGUUGUUAGGUGACAUUAAGCCCCUCAAGUGGUCUUUGUAUUCUUAAUGGUUCUAGAUAUCUAAAGGGGUUCCACAUAGAACGUUUUCUGAAAGGGAAACCCUCUGUUUAACAGUUCUACACUAUUUUAAACCUUUAUGGUUUUCAUAGGGGGACAAACAAAAGAUAACUUUAAGGUGUCAGAUGGAACCUCUUGUUAGCACGUGUGCGUUAAUGUAACUGUGGUAACAGUAUGUUCAUUUCUUUCAUUAUGCUUAGGAACAUGAAAAAGUAACCACACCCAGUAACCACAGCUAUUUUCUAAUACCUGGUUUUAUACAAUUUGUGUUAAUCAUUUCCUUUAUUUUUAUGACUACGCUUGCAUUUAAAAUUAUAUUUUGUUUUGUCAACAAAUGAAUUCCUAAGAAUAGCUUUAGGUUGUUUAGGCUUUAUAUGUUUUCUUUUCAGUUCUAUUAUUAGCUAUGUUAGGUCUGUUUUCAAGGGCACAACUUCUGCAUUAAGAAAUCAGUUUGUUUCUCUUUCAGCUACUGCUUUGAUUACAAAAUUCACACAUAAAGAAAUAGAUUGACAAAAGAUCAAUUGUCAUGCUUUGGCAAAUGUAAUCAAAUGUGGCAGGGUUCACAAUUUUGGUUUAAAAUGCAGCUUGUGCUGCUUUGUAAACUUUAAUUUGUUUUCAUGUGAAAGAUAUUUCAGCACUAACAUAAAGUGGGGCAGGGGCUAUUCUCAAAGUUAGAAACCUUUUAUAUUUUAUUACAUUUUAUUAUAAGAGGUUUAUACUAAACACCAAUUAAUGGCCUUUAAGCAAUUCUGCGAUUGCCAUGGUCUCAGACAGUUCAUUCAUUCAUCUUCAGUAACUGUUUAUCCUGGUCAGUACUAUGGCCAACCACUUUAAAUGUAUAUAUUUUUGUCUUCACGGUGCUGAACAGAAAUACAUUUGUAUUUAUUUAUUUUUUAUAUUGUAUGUUGUUAUUAUUAUGAGACAAACGUUUUUCCCCUUUUCCCCAUAUUCAGUUAUUUCAAAAAUAUUUCUGGGAUGUCAUAUCUCCUAUCUGGCAACGGUAAAAGAAAGGCUUCACACAUUUGCUUGUUAUGUCUCAGAAGAAGCCCCCUCUGCACUCCCUGUAACUAUACAGGUCCCAACAGUACCUAUUGUUGGUUACUUAAUUCCUGGGGACCAUAAUCUUCCAGGAUUGUACAUGGAGACUCAACAGAGACAUAACAUCUAGCUCAGGCAAUGUUAGGCCAGUGCUAUUCCUCCAUAAUUAAUACAAUGCUUCCCUCUACUAUACCAAUGCAGACAAGGCCAGACUAUGACAUGUCAUCAGAUCAGCAGAUAUGACAAUCACCUGUAAACUUGACAUUCUUCCCGACCUGCAUGACUACGGGACCAGAAAGAACAGGCUAAAUCACUGCUGACACUUUUCAAAGUAGCAAGCCUAUUUUCCAAGUCUUUACUUUAACGGCUUGUAUUCAGUUCACUGUGCCAGUGUUUCACAUGUGAAGGUGAGGUAAUUAAUCUAAAUUGUCAAAUGGAUCUACUUGGGAUUCCCAGUCAUGGCAUAGCACAAAGUUGAUUUAAAAUACUACCACUUAUAUGCUCAGAAAGUGUAGAGUCUUGUGUUUACUCUUCAUUUCUAAGUUUAAUGACUGGCAUGUUGUCUCUCAGCAUUCCACAUUGGGCACAUUAGCCCUUUUCUAAUUGGUCUUAUACUUUUAUACUUUCCUGCUUGCUUCUACCAUUCUGUCAUUGAUAGUUAGCAUGCAAUGUUGUAUGGGUUUAACUGAAACAGAUAUAAUGUGUGAAUAUGCAAUUUGAAUGCUGAUUAGACCAAGAACCACUUAGUCUUGUUUCCUGUUAUAUUUUUAUUCCAUGCCUGUUUGCACAUAAUAUUGUCAUAUCGAGUGUGUGUUGGAGAGAAAUGCUGAUGCUUGAUCCUGAUAAACUUCAACUGCUGUGAUUCAUCUCUCACCUGUUGAUCCAUCAAAUUCAUCUUGAUGCUCUACUUUUUGGAGAGUUCUGUAUUUGUAACUGUUCCUUCUGCUGUUGUGGAUGACCCCUUGUGGAUCGUACCUUGCAAUAAUAAAGACUGCCCUGUGUUUAUCCAAGGGCUCUUAUUCACAA